AUAAGCCCGCAAAUUACCAAUAUUCCCACCUUCCACAAUUAAGCUUCUAAAUCUCUCGCACUGCAAUAUUCAUGGCCACUCAAAGACCCUCUUCAUCCACAAAUUCCGAAGAUACUAGGAAAAGAAAAAGAGACAAUUCAUCUUGUUCGGAAGAAGAUGAAAAAAUCAUAUCCUCUUCCUCACCUUCUUCCUCGACGCCUCGAUGGAAACAUGAUGUUUUCCUUAGUUUCUGUGGCAAAGACACUCGCAGAAGUUUUACGGAUCAUCUCUAUUUUGAUUUAAAACGGAAAGGUAUUCUCGUUUUUAGAGAUGACGAAUCACUGGAGCGAGGAAAAUCCAUUUCUCCCGAGCUUAUGCAAGCAAUUCAAGAAUCCCAAUAUGCCAUCGUCAUUUUUUCAGCAAAUUAUGCUUCUUCCAAAUGGUGCCUCCAGGAACUUGCCGAGAUCGUUGAAUGGGAGGAAAAGAAGAAUCUCACAAUUAUUCCUAUUUUCUAUCAUGUGAAUCCUUCAGAUGUAAGAAAUCAAACAGGGAAUUUUGCAGAAGCUUUCGCUGCACAUGAAGAAGAUCUCAAGUUAGACAUCAAAGAGAUUGAUACGUGGAGAAAUGCCUGCAGAAAAGUCGGUAAUAUUUCCGGAGAGCACAUAAAUGGGGACAGGUACGAGUCAACAAUUAUACAACAAAUCAGUGGAAUUAUAUUCUACAAUUAUACAAUGCUAAAUAUUCUAAUUCAUGAUAACCAGAAAAUUGUUGGAAUAAACUCCCAUGUAGAGGAAAUGACGAACUUAUUGCAUAUGGAAUCGAAUGACGUUCGCUUCUUAGGAAUUCAUGGGAUGGGUGGCGUUGGUAAAACAACAUUGGCCGAAAUAAUUUAUUAUAGAUUUUCUUGUCGAUUCGAAGGAAGCAGCUUUAUUUCUUGUACUGGAGAAAAAUCUACUGCUGCUCCUAAUCUAGCUUCUUUACAAAAACAACUUCUUUCUAUGAUCAUGCAACAAGAAAUACAUAUAUGGGAUCAUCGCGACGGAAUCAUGUUGAUGAGAAACAGGUUGCGGAAUAAAAAGGUUCUUAUCAUCCUUGAUGAUGUGGAUUGUGAAAAGCUACUGUCGGCAUUAGCAGGGGAUCGGAAAUGGUUUGGUCCAGGGAGUAGGGUGAUUAUAACAUGCAGAGAUAGUCAUCUGUUGAUAACACGUGAAGUGAAUGAUAUCUAUAAGGUUGAGCUGCUUCAAACCCCCGAUGCUUUGCAGCUAUUUAGUUUGUCAGCCUUCGACAAAACCAAUCCUCCAGAGAAUUACAAGGAUCUAUCUAUGGAUUUUGUGAGUUAUGCUGGAGGCCUUCCUUUAGCUCUUAAAGUUUUGGGUCGCUUCUUAUUUGGGAGAACAAUAGAUUUAUGGAAAAGUGCUAGGGAUAAAUUGGAAGCGAUUCCUAAAACUGAAAUUUUUGAUGUUCUUAAAAUAAGUUUUGAUGGGCUGGAGGAAUCGCAGAAAAAACUGUUUUUGGAUCUGGCAUGUUUUUGUCGCAUAAGUUUUUUUAAGGAAAUAUAUCUAGCCAUCGACUUUGAGGUUCUCGUCGACAAGUCCCUCCUAAGCAAAUAUCCAUAUGGUGUGAACUUGACCAUGCAUGAUUUGCUAAAAAAAAUGGGCCAGGAAAUAUUUCGCCGCGAAGAUCCUGAAGAACCUGGACGACGUAGUAGGCUGUGUCGUAAGGAGGAUGUCUUUCACGUGCUGGAGAAAGAUACUGGAACUGAUGCAAUUGAAGGCAUAUACCUCCAUUUUGAUCUUCCUGAUGAAGCGAAACAUAGAUUCAAUAUUAACGCCAAAGCAUUCUCAAAGAUGAGAAAAUUGAGAUUUCUUUAUUUCGAUCCUUUUCGAUAUAUAAACUGGCGUGGAAAUCCUUUGAAUUACAUGCCAAGCGAUAAGUUGCAAUUCCUAGAGUGGCAUAAUUGUCCUUCGAAAUCCUGGCCGAGCAGUUUCCAACCAAAAGGUCUUGUUGUACUAAGCAUGCCUGAAAGCCGCUUCAAACGACUGUGGAAGGGAUUGAUGGUUUUAAACAAUUUGAAGAAAUUAGAUAUGAGUUAUUCUAGGAACUUGAUUGAAAUACCAGAUUUGAGUGGAGCUCCAAAACUUGAGAUAAUAAACCUGGCAAAGUGUAGAAGCUUGUGUGAGGUUCACCCAUCCAUCGGAACUCUCAGACGACUACAAGUAAUAGAACUAGGGUGCACGGGAAUCAAACAACUCUGGAAUAGGACAUUGGUGGUUUUAGACAAUUUGAAGGAAUUAGAUCUGGGUUGUUGUGAGAACUUGAUUGAAACACCAGAUUUGAGUGGAACUCCAAAUCUUGAAGAAAUAGAUUUUUCAGAUUGUGGAAGCUUGUGUAAGGUCCACCCAUCCAUCGGAUUUCUCAAACGACUAAAACAGUUGCGUUUAAACGGAUGUCCAAGACUUGAGAAUUUCCUGAAUAUUCUGGGAGAUAUGACAUCUCUAGAGAGCUUGAGUUUACCAUCAUCGGAAGUCUCAAUUUUUCCGAGUGUUAUUUAUAGUUUUUCAUCUCUUGGAAGUCUCUUGUUGGAUGAUUGGUCAAGACUAGAGAAAUUUCCAGACCUGAGUAUGUUGGAAUGUUUGGCGGAAUUUCAGGUAUACGGAACUGCUAUAUCACAAAUACCAUCUAUCAAUCUAAUCCCCAAGAGCAUCCGUUUCUUUGACCUCGAAGGAGGAAAGAGGAUGCCAGGUGAAUCAAGAGAUUUGGUUAAGUUCAUUGAUAAUGGCUACUCUGUGCCGAGACAAAGCUCAUAUCCCACCAAUCGUGAUAUCGGAUCACCUGUAGAAUAUGAGACAGAAGAAAAGUUUUGGGUGCGAAUUAACUUUUUCGGUUUUUCCCCAAAGGUGUUGAUACAAAGGUGGUCGUUGGGAUCUAGAAUCCCGGAGUGGGUCCACAAUAAAAGUAAUGGCUCCUCUCUUUUUUUUGACAUGUGUAAUGGCUCCUCUCUAAAGAUAGAGUCGGAUGGUGAUACAGAGGGUGAUACAGAGUCGGAUGGUGAUACAGAGUCGGAUGGUGAUACGAUGUCGGUGAUGGGGAUUGCUAUCUUUAUUGUUUGUCAAUUCCAUUCAAUUCCUCCGAUUAAUUUCUCCGAAUAUGAAAAUGUGGCGUUUACAAUUUGUUUGGAUGACGAUACUCCAGAAAAUUAUUUUCACCAAUUUGAGUAUGCACUUUCCACGGACGUCAUCUUGGAUAAGCCAAUUGUAUUUUGUAUGUAUCUAUGGGAUCCGGAAUCUUUGGAAAGCCGAAAAUUGAAGAGUCUGGAUAAACGGAAGAUUUCCAUUACAGCAAAAUUUAGGAAUUUCGCCGUUCAAAUUCCAUUUAUGGAAGUAGAAGUGAAAGAAUGGGGAUUGCAUUUAGUAUCUCCGAAUGAUGGUGCUCUUGGUUUGGGAUCAGAUUUAUAUUCCUUCGUCGAUUUUAUUAAUUUAGGGGAAAUGUGGUUUGACAUGAAUGAAGAUUAGAUUCAUCAGGAGUACCCCUUUCAAGCUUAGUCCUUUUGAGUAAUGGCUUGGCAUUGUUUAUUUCGAGAAUAGAAGAUGAUCCAGAAUUAUCUCAUCUUAUUUUUAAAUUCAAA